GGAAGUUGGAAAUCGGAAUUCUGAAAUCAGGAUCAAGGAUCAGCAUUUUUCAACAUUUCUUAUUUUCUUUGCAUUAAAUUUUAAGUUAUCUUAUUUUCAAUGUAAAUUAGAAGUACCUACGUAUGAUCUACGGUUCAUUAUUUGUUUGUUAAAUUGAACAAAUUACAUUUAAAUUUUACACUUUUUAAUCAAGAUAUUUUAUUUAUCUAUACUUAAAACCAUGGACGAUAAAGAUAUCAUUGAUAAUUCUGCAAAAACAGAAACCAUUGAAUCUGAAAUUAAUAAUCCUGAUCAACUAGCUACCUCAGAAAUAACAGAUGAAGCUUCUACAGUUGAUCAAGAGAACAAGGAAUCAGUAACUGAACCUGAACCUGAAUCUGAACAAACGCCAACAUCAGAACCAGAACCAGAGCAAGUACCCGUUGAGGAUACUGAUAAAGUCAAAGAACCUGAAAAAUUAGAAUUAGUUGCUGAAAAAACAUCGGAAGACAUAGAAAAAGUUGAAAACACUACACCUGUAGUUAGCGAUCCAAUACAGCAAGAUAGUGUUGUUGAUCAACCUAUACCUAUAUCAGAUCAAUUAUUAACAACAACUGAUAAUUUAAUGGAAUCUGCAGUUCCUACUCAAGAUAAUUCAAUUGAACCUACUCAAGAUCAAAUUGUUCCAGUAAAUCAAGAAAGUUUAAUAAAAGAUAGUCAACAAGUUAUUCCUGUCACCAGUGUCACUGAUUCAACUUUGAAUAAUGAUAUCAAACUUGAAGAUAAUGGAGUUGAUUUAGAUCAACAAUCUGUGUUAAGUAUGAAAGAUUCUGAAUUAAAAGAUUUGGUUAUGAGAGAAUUAUCUGAAUUUUUAACUGAUGAACCAUCACAAAAUGUCGGACCUGCCCUACUUGAAAUAAAAUCAGAUCUUAUAAAAAAUGAAGACCAAAUUAAAAUUGAAAAUCUUGAAAAUUCUUUAAGCAAAGUUGAUAAGACCGAUCAGAAAGAAGAAAAAAAGUCUGAUAAUGAUAUUGCUGAUGCAUUGUCAACAUUAGCAACUGCUGCUUUAAACCAGGCACCUCCAACCAAUGGAACUGCAGAAAGUGUUGUAUCAAAAUCUGUACAACCAACAGUACAAAUUAAACAAGAAGGACCAGCAUGGUGUGAUGUUGGUGUUAUUAAAGGCACUACUUGUUUAGUGAAACAAUUUUACUCAACUUCUACUACUGAUGAACAUGAAAAUACUAGCUUAGAUCAUUUACCAGAUUAUACAAAUAAAUUAAAAAUUGAUAUUCAACCAGGCACAGCUUAUAAACUUCGUAUAGCUGCUAUAAAUACUUGUGGUCGUGGAGAAUGGAGUGAAAUAUCUGCAUUUAAGACUUGUUUACCAGGUUAUCCAGGUGCUCCAUCUGCUAUUAAAAUUACAAAAGCACCAGAUGGUGCUAGUUUAACAUGGGAAGCCCCUCCUACUAGUUCUGGUAAGAUUUUAGAAUAUUCUGUUUGUUUGGCCAUUAAAAGUUCCAAGGAUAUACCACAUCAAAGUCCAAAACCAACUUCAACAAAUUUAAAUUUUGUUCGUGUUUAUUGUGGACCUCAUAAUGCUGCUGUGGUUAGUCAUGAGUCACUUGGGGCUGCGCUGAUUGAUAGGACUAAUAAGCCAGCUAUAAUAUUUCGAAUUGCUGCAAAAAAUGAGAAGGGAUAUGGACCAGCUACACAAGUAAGAUGGUUACAAGACAGCAAUGUACCUGGAUCAAAUAAAAAUCCUUCAAUGAAAAGAGAAAAGAGUGUUAAUCUUUUAACUGGAGUUCCCAAAAGGCCAAAAAUGUAAUAAUUUGACAAAUUGUUAUUCAGAUAAUAUGAUUAUUUUAUUUAAUCUGACAUUUUUGGAAAUUA